AACAAUCAUGGUGAAAGCACCAAUGACAGUUCCAUGAUAUAAUCCUAAUGAAGAAGAUACAUUUGAUUUUCAGCUUCUUUUGUGCGAUUAAGUGAACAUAAGGUCUUUUAAUCCUUUGCACAUUUCGUCGUAAGGUUUUCGUUACAGUUUCUAUUUAGUUCCAAGCUGGUAAUUAAAUAAGAAAGCAAAGAAAUGACAGAUACAUUCAGACUUCAGGAAGUGUUGGAUGCAUUCAGAUCAUGUCUGAGUGAGACUAAAGAGGUUUAUGUUAAAUAUUAUAUAGCAGGAUGGCAAGAUCUGGUCAGCUUCAUGAACAGUUUGGGAAAUAUGUUUUCCUUCAUCUCCAGUGAUGUGGUAAGCAAGAUUAAAAUCAUGGAGAACUUCCUUUCGGGUGAAAAUGGGUCCCAUUAUGUCACCAUCCAGUCCAUGGUGAAUUAUGAGCUGGAGAACGACCUGGUGGACCUCACCAAUAGGGGCAACCACCCAGAAUCCGGUUGUCGCACUCUUCUCAGGCUACAUCGGGCUCUGCACUGGCUCGAGCUUUUCCUGGACAGACUGCGAACCAGCACGGAGGGUAGCAAGACCUCUGUCAUGUGUUCUGAGGCGUAUAAUGAGUCUCUGGCUCACCACCACCCCUGGUAUAUCCGCACAGUUGUUGGUGUGGCAUUCUGUGCACUUCCAGGACGUGACACAUUCUUUGAUGUGAUGAAUGCAGGUGAUCACACGCAGGUGGUUCAUCUGUUGGGAGAGUCUUUGCCUCUCAUCUCUGAAGUGUACCAGAUCACAGAAGACUUAUAUGCAAAGAACAACCUCCUGGAGUUACCAUAGAUGGAUGACAUACUGUAUGUUUACAGAUCCACAUAAAAAUAAUACAUUGUUCUUAUACUACAAACAUAUUUGACUGUCUGCCUGUUUUUGAAUGGUCAUUAAUUUGAUUUGCCCAGAAGACCUUCACAAGGGAUCUAUGCAAAAUACAAAUGCAUGCAAACAGAUUUAACCAGGGUUCUAAUUAUGUAACCUACCAACUACACAUAAAUUACCACAGAUAUUUACUGGUAGCCGAGUAGGCUAUAUGUUUACAUAUUUGUGAAUUUAGGGAACAAUAUGAAAUCAUGAUUUUUUUUUUUUUUUUUUUUCAUUUAAAGGUGAAGGAUGUGUAUGAUAUACAGUAUUCAAAAAAUAUAACUGACGCUACAUUACUUGAGAUAAUAUACAUUUGAAUUGGAAGUACUGUAUAAUUGAAAAUGUAGGAAAUGUACUUUAUCCUUACUUGUAUUUUCAGUUUAUCUUACUUGAAUUCAUGUUGAAUGUGCAUCAUAUCAGCUGGAAACUGCAAAGGGAAGAAUUUUCUGGAGAUGUAUUAUGUAAUACAAUAAUUAAAUAUAAUGUUCUGAAACAAAAAAAGAAAGUUUUUUUUUCA